CAUGGCGUUGCCAACAGUUCUGUCAUCACCAGCUUUGUCUACUUUACCAACAUACGUGUCAACGUCAAGAUCCCGUCUACAGUCGCUGUAUUCCGAUAUUCACAGACAGAAGCAUUCUAACCCUUCUUCUUUCCAUGCUCACGUUGACUGGUGGCAUCGGACGCUCAAGGAUAUUAUUUCGCGAGGUUGGCAGGCAAAUGAGGGGUCUGAUGGGACGAGCAACAAACUCGUCCUAGGCGCACGAAGAGCGCUAGUGGAUAAGUUGCGCUAUGAAGGUGUUGGCAAGCCACUCGGCCUCGGAACCACCAUAGCCGAGAUGCGACGAAGUAAUGAUCUAAUACCACUCUCCCAGUUUCUUACUUCACUGCAGUCUGUAUACGACCCAGGCUGGCUCCCAUAUCGAAUUGCUUCCUUCGUGGUCGGAAAACCGCUAUGGUGGGCGAUGGAGCAGCUUGAUAUAGUCCGUUCAGAAGAAUCUUAUACAGAAGCUGAGAUGUGGAAGAAGAUAGAAGGGGACUACGUCAUGCUAGGGCUUGUUGUACAGGCUGCUGAUACCCUAGAAAUUCUGCGAGACGGCGUCGGAAUCAGCCCAGCUGACAACUUGUACACACUUGAAGAAUUUCGCAGGGAGUUUGGGGCCAACGUCUUACCUGGAGUUGUGCUAAGCGAGAUGGACACGAAAGUCCUGAUCAAAUACCUCGAACGAGAAAGACGCGUGGUUGUACAGGAUGGCGAUGUCAUUAAAUUUGUCACAGCAGAUCGUGACCGGGAAAUAACUGCCGUAGAUCGAGGCAUUCUGGAACUUAAGACAGCAGUUUCAAACCUCCGUGAACAGGUCGAUAACAUCCAGCAUAAAAUUGAUCAGACCACCUCAAAGAUUUCAGACGCUCUGCGUCAGCAGCGCAAGUCAAUUGCGCUUGUAGAGCUGCGGUUUAAGAAACACCUGGAGGACCUACUUUCAAAGCGUCUGGGAUCGCUUCACAACCUAGAGUCAACAUUAAUCAGUGUUGAGACGGCUGCGGGUGAUGUGGAAAUUAUGAAGACGUACGAGAGCUCGACGGCAACAUUGAAGGCGAUCCUUAGCCACCCCUCGCUUCAACGCGACAAGAUUGAGGAGACAAUGGAUGCACUUACGGCAUCGACUGCCGAUGCACGUGAGAUAGACGAUGCCAUCCGAGUGGGCGGAGACAUGGCUGCAGUAGACGCGGACAUAGAUGAUAUGGAGCUAGAAGCUGAGCUGAACGCGUUGGUGGAAGAGGCAGAGAAGGAGAAGGUUCAAGCGGUUGAGGAGGCGGCGUUGGACAAGCUUCAUGGUAUUGAAGCUCGUGUCCCAGAGGGCGCACCAGUUCAGGUUGAGGCAGCGUCCAGGCGGAUAGUGGAGGCAGCAUAAGACCUUGCUAUAAUUGGCACACACUGUUCCUAACUUGAUGACGCAAUCUCUUUAUGAUUGGCCCAGAGUAUGACCA